AUGAGCCCCAAAAUCGGAGUCUUCCCUGCCUCCGGCGGUCUCGGGACAAGCAUUGUCAACCACCUUACAAAACUUGUCGCAGCGUCUCAAUUGGUCCUAAUGGCUCGCAACCCCGAUAAAUGGUCCAAACUGGGCCAAGAAGGUGCUACACUGCGACAGGCAGACUAUGACCAGCCAGCUACACUGGACGCUGCCUUUCAGGGUGUCGAUGUUUUGAUGCUGAUCUCAUACGCAUCUUUUGAGAUACAGCAUCGGGUAGAGGCGCAUCGCGCCGCCAUUCUAGCUGCCAUCAAAAGCGGCGUCAAGCACAUAUUUUACUCAUCGCUCGGAUUCGCGGGUGACCUGACCGAUCAAAGUGUAGCCCACGUUAUGGGUGCGCAUCUUGAAACAGAGAAGUUUCUCGACGAGCUAUCGGACAAAGUCACAUACACUAGCGUCCGCGAAGGGAUUUACUCUGAGUCAUUCCCAAUCUACACGGCAUGGUUAGACCCGGCGAACCCCGUGGAUGAAAUCACCAUUCCGCACCCAGGAACAGGGCCUGGGGUUGCAUGGGUGAAGCGUGAUGAGCUCGGCGAAGCAACCGCUAAGCUGAUUGUCUCGUACAUAAGCGACCCCGCCGGCUUCCAGUACUUGAACAAGAAGGUUUUGUUCACUGGCCCAAGGGAAAUAUCCCUUGCUGAGACGGUGAACAUCUUGGGUCGUGCGAUCGGAAAGCUUUUGAAGAUUCGGGAGAUCUCCGUGGACGAGUAUGUAGCUCUUCCACAAAUCGGGGAUAAGCAUACAUAUCACGGAGUCGAUCUCUCGAGGGAAUGGGCUACCGCCUGGGAGGCUAUCAAGAACGGAGAGACUGCUGUAGUGUCCCCGACUAUGAAAGAAAUUCUUGGAAGAGAGCCAGAGAGCUACGAAACAACUAUCCAAGCACUAGUUGGUUAG